AUGGCUAUUCAAGGUGCCUCCAGCAAGGGGUUGACCCCGUUGAACAGACAGACGUAUGUCGCCCAAUUUGGUCUUCUUGAGUACGUACAAGAAGAUACGUACAGGAUCUGGGAUGAGCCAGCCAGAGAGGCGCAGGACCGGGGGGGUGUUAGCGUAACAUUGGCCAUGUGGAUAUCGGGAGAGGAAGAGAGAGAGAGAGAGAGAGAGAGGAAGAGACGUUGUCUUCCCGCUGCCGCGGCGGCGCCAUUCUCCUUUACUCUCUCUCUGCCGCCUGCGUUUCCCUCUCUGUCUUUGCCUAUAUCCGUUGCAGCCUCUAUUCUCCAAGACCGGACGCAAACGGAAACAGAUGGAGGCUUGGAUGUGGCUUCUGCCAUCAGCUCCGUCCGGGGCAAAAAAGGUGUGAGGAGUAGAAGACGGCCGGGGCUGGACUGGGCGGUACGGGGAGCCUCCAAGGGCGUUUCUUUCUUCGGAUUACCUUUCUCUCCUCCUCCCUCGUCUCCAUGUGGUCUCUACCCCGAAGGUAGAGCAAAAGCCGUUGGAACUAACAACGCCACCGACCUGGUCGUCUGCGUGCAACCAUGGUUUGAUAGCAGGAGCGGAACUCUGCCCCAGUCCAUCGCCCUGUGCGGGAUGGCGGAUGGAGAGGGGGGAGUGUGGGAGGUCAACGGCAGGAUACUGGCAUGGCCCAUGUGGACCAUGUACGCCUGUCAUUCUCAUGGUUGGAGUGAGGCCCGCCAGCCAGCUUUGACAACCAGCCAGUCAAUUAUCGAGCUGAGAAAGGAGGCAUCUGGGGCAGAGCAACAGCUCUUCGGAGACCAGCAGCAGGUACACCGGACGCAUGCAUCGACUUUGGCGAGAAGACCAAUCACUCGCUGCCGUCUCCACGAGCGCUGCCUCAAAGUCCUGGCUUGUACCAGUGUAGGAGAGUUGCAAGGCAGGCGGAUGAUCGGUCUCUUGAUGCCAGCCCGCGGGCACGUAGAUCAUUUUCGAAUUCUAGAAAGUUUAUGGUGCUCCCUAACACUCAACGUUGUCGACACGGAUUUAGGCCAGGGAAAUCAUGUAGUCAAGGUGGAGAUUCAAUCCCGCCUAUGCCGAAAUUACCCCGUCUUCCCACCGACAACGCCCAACGGCCAAGUCGGUGAAGGGGGUUGGAUCGCCAGCCCAUAG